UAUCCAAGCCCAGAACACCCCUGCCUCCCCAAACGCACACACAAAACACUGGACCUCUAUUCUGAGUGCCAAGCCGUCCUGCGUGAAGACACCCAACCUUCCCUGUGCAGUCGGGGGCCUCGGCUCUCCAGCCAGGUCAAAGAUCAGUCCCAACCCACCCCUCCCUGCCCCCCUUUCCCUACUGGAGCCAAGAUGGCCACCAGUGGUGCCCCUCGCCUCUCCUUGCCACUCCUGUUGCCUGUCACCACUCUGCUGCUAUCACUGCUGCUCACCGGCUCCCACGCCUUAUCACCACCACGGUUCACUAAAGUUCCCGUCGACCAGAUAGGCGUCUCAGGGGGCGUGGUCUCCUUUGUGUGCCAGGCGACGGGUGACCCCAAGCCAAGAGUUAGCUGGAACAAGAAAGGCAAGAAGGUCAACUCCCAGCGUAUAGAGACCAUCGAGUUUGACGAGGGCGCCGGCGCCGUACUCAGAAUCCAGCCUCUCCGAGCGCCACGUGAUGAGAACAUCUAUGAAUGCGUUGCUGAGAACACCGAGGGCGAGAUCACUGUCAAUGCCAAGCUGUCCAUCAUCCGAGAGGACCUACUCCCACCAGGCUUCCCUAACAUUGACAUGGGCCCUCAACUCAAAGUGGUGGAGCGCACUCGAACAGCCACCAUGCUCUGUGCUGCCAGUGGCAACCCUGACCCAGAAAUCACCUGGUACAAAGACUUUCUGCCCAUUGAUCCCAGUGCAAGUAAUGGCCGGAUCAAACAACUACGCUCAGGUGCCUUGCAGAUCGAGAACAGUGAGGAGACUGACCAGGGGAAGUACGAGUGCGUGGCGUCUAAUGUGGAAGGCGUGCGCUACUCGUCCCCUGCUAAUCUUUAUGUGCGAGAGCUUCGAGAAGUCCGGCGGGUGCCUCCUCGCUUCUCCAUUCCACCAACGAGUCAGGAAAUUAUGCCCGGUGGCAGUGUGAACAUUACGUGUGUGGCAGUGGGGUCGCCCAUGCCAUACGUCAAGUGGAUGCUGAACUCAGAAGACUUAACACCAGAGGAUGAGAUGCCAGUGGGUAGGAACGUUCUCGAACUGAGCAGUGUUCGUGAGUCAGCCAACUACACCUGUGUGGCAAUGAGCAGCCUUGGCAUCAUUGAGGCUGUGGCGCAGAUCACUGUCAAAUCUCUCCCUAAGCCUCCAGGUACCCCUGUGGUGACUGAAACCACAGCCACCAGUGUCACCAUUACCUGGGAUUCGGGCAACCCAGACCCAGUGACUUACUAUAUCAUCCAAUAUAGAGCCAAGUCCCCAGACAGCAAAUAUGAGACAGUGGACGAUAUCACCACUACACGUUACAGCAUUGGUGGCCUCUACCCCAACACAGAGUACGAAAUCCGUGUCUCAGCCGUCAACACAAUUGGCCAGGGUCCUCCCAGUGAUCCAGUAGAAACCAGGACUGGUGAACAGGCCCCUGCCAGUCCACCACGAAAUAUCCAGGCCCAGAUCAUAUCUCAGACCACCAUGAUGGUGCGCUGGGAAGAGCCUGAGGAGCCCAACGGACAGAUCAAGGGUUACCGUGUUUAUUACACCAUGGACAACUCCCAACCCAUGAGCCUCUGGCAGAUCCAUAAUGUACAGGACAGCAUCAUCACAACUCUCCAGAGCCUGGUUCAUCAAGAGACAUACACAAUUAAAGUCCUAGCAUUUACUUCUGUAGGAGAUGGACCUUUCUCAGAGCCCAUUCAUGUCAAAGUACUGCCAGGAGUUCCAGGUCAGCCAUCCAAAUUCCAGGUUGGUGCUGUGUCUGACACCAGUAUUGAGCUAACCUGGGAACCUGCCUAUGAGAAAGAAGGAAUUAUAAAUUAUGAACUUCGCUACAUGGACCGCAAUUUGGGCACCCAGAUGAAGAAAACGUUUCCACCCACAUCUUCCUAUGUUGUGGAAGGUCUCCGCCCAGACACAGAAUACCACUUCUCUUUGGCAGCCAUCUCUAACAAAGGCAUUGGAGCCUUCACCAAUGACAUUUCACAGAAGACCUUGCAAGCGAAGCCCUCCGCCCCCCCUCAAGAAAUUAAGUGCAGCAGCACCAGCUCCACUACCCUGCUGGUAAGUUGGCGCCCCCCGCCUUUGGAGAGUCAGAACGGUGUCCUGGUGGGGUAUAGGGUGCGCUACCAGGUGACGAGCCCGUCAGAAGGUGGCAGUGAUGACGGAGAGCCCAUGGAGGAGCCCCCAAUCCCUGCCACUGAAGAGCAGGCGCUACUGCAUCGAUUGGAGAAGUGGACCCAAUACCGCAUCACCGUGUCUGCCUUGACUGUGAUUGGGCCAGGCCCUGAGAGUGAGCCCCUGAUCUGCCGCACUGACGAAGACGUCCCUGGGGCUCCUCCAAGGCGAGUGGAGGUGGAGGUCCUCAACUCCACAGCGCUAAAGGUGAUGUGGCGCUCACUGACGCCAGGAAAACAGCACGGACAAAUCCGUGGCUACCAGGUCCACUAUGUACGUGUUGAAAAUGGCGAGUCACGGGGCCUGCCCCUCAUCAAGGACGUCAUGUUGGCCGAUGCCCAGUGGGAAACGGACGAUACAGCUGAAUAUGAAAUGGUCAUUGGAGGACUCAAGCCAGACACCACUUACUCCAUCACGGUGGCUGCAUACACCACCAAAGGGGAUGGAGCCCGGAGCAAACCAAAACUGGUGGUGACCAAAGGGGCAGUGCCUGGUCCGCCCUAUCUGUCAGUGGCUCAGGACUCAGAGACAUCAGCUGUGGUUCGCUGGGAUGCUCCAGACCUGAUAAAUGGCAUGGACCUGCAGGGUUACCGGCUUCAGUUUGGCCGUAAAGAUGUCUCCCCUUUAGCCACACUGGAAUUUGCUCCCCAAGAACGACAGUACUCUGUGGUCAACAUUCACAGAGGGGCCACCUAUGUCUUUAAAAUCUCAGCCAAGAGCAGGGGGGGCUUUGGGGAAGAAGUUGUGGUGGAACUCAAUGUGCCCGAGAAUACACCAGGGGGAUACCCUCAAAUUGACGAGGGUUCUAGUGUGACAUGCUGUUCAGUACAGCUGUCCUGGUCUCCACCUGUGCUGGCGGAGAGAAAUGGGGUAAUCACAGAGUACACUUUGGCCUAUAAGGAAGCCGGUACCGGAGGAGCACCACGGGAGCUCCACUUACCCCCCAGCCUGUCCAGCUAUGUGCUCAACAGCCUCAAACCAAACUCGGCGUACGAUGUGAAAAUACGUGCACACACCAGUGUAGGUCCAGGGCCCUACAGCCCGCCUAUCCAGUAUCGGACGGCCUUUGAUCGAACAGAUGUUCCUAAGAAUUUCACUGUCAAGUGGGCCACCAAGACCACAGUGGUCCUUGCAUGGAAGUUUUCUGAAAGCAGGUCUCCGUACAAAUGCACGAUUGAGUAUAACCGUCAGAGGAUGGAUGUGGAUGCUAAGCAGUUGAGGGUACUCAUCACUGGGCUAAAGCACAACACAACCUACGAGUUCAGGGUGACCUGCCAAGAAAGCACUGAUGGUGGGCCAAGACAUCGUGUGGUUGCCAGGACCGCACCACUCAUCCUAGUCAAGAAACCCAAGCUGGACAUCUACGCUGAGCCUGACAACAUGCUCACCAUGUCCUUCCCACCGGUCGAUAACAAGGAUGUCAAGAACUUCUAUGUGGUUGUGGUGCCACUUACAAGGACUCCAGGAACUGUCAAAAACCUGAAGAACCCUGAUGAGAUGGACAUGGAAGAGCUGUUGCGGGAUGUGACCCCAAAGCGCCGCUCACGCCGUCAGCUGGCUCAGCUGGACCAGAGGAAGCCCUACAUCACAGCCUGCUUCAGGCAGCUGCCCCAGAGCUUCAUGGUGGGAUCUGACCAUCGCCAUAACAUCUGUGAGAACAAACCUCUUGAACCCGGCCAUGAGUAUGUUUUCUUCCUGCUGGCGGAACUCAAUGCCACCACUGGGAAAAUGUUUGCUACCAGCCCUUAUACUGACACAGUGAUGACACCCGAGCUGGUGGUGGACCCCCUGCCAGUAGAGCCUGGUGACGGACUCAUAUGGGUGGUGGGACCAGUCCUGGCUGUGGUCUUCAUCAUCUGCAUCGUCAUUGCCAUUCUCCUAUAUAAAAACAAACCUGACAGUCGCAAAAGAAAAGAGUCAGAGCCACGCACAAAAUGUCUACUGAACAACGCAGACAUUACACCCCACCACCCUACAGAUCCUGUGGAGAUGAGACGCAUCAACUUCCAAACUCCAGAUUCUGGUCUAAGCAGUCCUCAGAGUGAAGCAGAUUUUGACUAUGAAAGUAUGAUGAAUCAUCCUCCCAUCCCUAUCUCUGAGUUAGCCGAACACACAGAGCUCCUCAAGGCCAACGACAAUCUGAAGCUCUCCCAGGAAUAUGAGUCUAUCGAUCCAGGCCAGCAGUUCACCUGGGAACACUCCAACCUGGAGGUGAACAAGCCCAAAAAUCGUUACGCCAACGUCAUCGCCUACGACCACUCCCGCGUCAUCCUGGCUCCGAUUGAGGGUAUCACAGGUAGCGACUAUAUCAACGCCAACUACAUUGAUGGCUACAGGAAACAGAAUGCCUACAUCGCCACCCAGGGUCCAUUACCAGAGACAUUCGGGGACUUCUGGAGGAUGGUGUGGGAACAGAGAGCAGCCACUGUGGUCAUGAUGACCAGGCUGGAGGAGAAGUCACGGAUUAAGUGUGACCAGUACUGGCCCAGUCGUGGCACAGAAACCUAUGGUAUGACCCAAGUGACCCUGUUGGACACCAUAGAGUUGGCCACUUUCUGUGUCCGCACUUUCUCCUUGCACAAGGACGUACUUGGUACCGUCAUUGUUGACCAUAAGGAAGUUCUGGUCGAAUAA